AUGGCAAAUAAAAUACUAGAUCCAAUCUUUAGAUUAUACGAUCCGAUUUGUUAUUCAUUUAACAAGAAAAAAGAGGAUUAUAUUAUCAUCUCACCGACUGUUGGUUCUAAAUCCCAAUUGAAUGAUGGUGGUAGAAUUACCUUCGAAAUAAAUUCAUUAUCGAAUUGGUUGCUUCUUUCCGAUGCUUAUUUCAGAUGCGAUUUCAAAAUCAAAGACGCCACUCAGAAUCAAGUUCCUCAAACAAAUACAACGUUAGAAAACAAUUUCUUUCCAUCUUUAUUUAGCGAGAUGGUUUUGAAAGCUGGUUCAAAUCCGAUAGAAACCAUUAAACACCCUGGGGAAUUCAACACAAUGUUGAAAACAGUUUUAUAUCCUAAAGAUUUCGAUUCAGUCUCGGGUUGGAUACCCGAUGUUGGCGAUGGAAGUGUUUUAAAAGAACCGGUAAGAAAUCUUGCAAAUGAUGCCGAUUUAGCUAGAGUGAGAGUUGUUGCUCGAAACACGAUAGAAAGAGUAGCACGAGCAGCUAAUCAUGGAUUCGAAAAACGAGUACUUCAGUACAAUAAUGUUGUUGAGAAUAAUAGGUGGGGUAAAUUGGAAAUUAUAUCCUUUAUUCGGUCUGUUGGAACACAGAAAGGUUUCCAUAGGCUUACCAUAUAA